AUGCCGCGGAGAAGAAGAACACUGACCAAGACGAAAUCUUUCCAGAAUCCCCAGGACUCCAGUAGUGCCCUGAAAUGCACGCGAUUAGCCAGCACUACAUCUCCCGGCGUGCCUUGCUCUCACGUCAAUUGCUGUGGCAAGACCCGGAAAGCGGCUCUGGACUGCCCGCGAUUUCCCAGUCUAUCAGGUUGCACUUUGAGGAGGACGGCCCUGUCGCGGGGAGCCACCGACCCGGACCCGGACCCAGACCCGGCCGAUAUCCGGCCUCUCAAGCCUUGUCUGCUGCGCCGCCAACACAACCGCGAUCAGUACGGCGUGGCGGCCUCCUGCCUCGAGGAGCUGAGGCGCAAAGCUUGCGAAGUACUGGCCAUUGAUGAGUCCCUGGGACCAGUCACCCUGGUCCUGGCAGAGGACAAUUCAAUAGUGGACGAUGACGACUACUUCCUUCGUCUCCCUUCAAAGACCAAGUUUGUGGCAUUGGCCUGUAAUGAGAAGGGGGCGUAUGACAAUUCGGAUGGAGCAACAGCCUGGGUUUCCCAAGAGUCCUUUGAUGCCCAUGAAACAGACAGCGGAGCCGGAGUGAAGUGGAAGGAUUUGGCCAGGAUGCUGAAAGAGGACCUGUCCAACAUCAUCCUGCUGUCAGAAGACGAGCUCCAAGUGCUCAUUGACAUCCCGUGUUCAGAACUGGCUCAGGAGCUUUGCCAAAGCUGUGCCACUGCCCAAAGGGUCCAGAACACGCUCCAGGAGGUGCUUGACCAGAUAGAGGAUGCCCGCCAGUUCAAUCAGAUGCUAGAACAGUUUUAUCGGGCUAAGGAAGCCGCCAUCUUAGCCAACCAGGAAGAGCCCAAAGCCGCCCUCGGUGGAGAAGUGGAUGCAGUGGACAUGGGCAUCAGCAAAGAGAUGGCUUCCGAAGUGGCACUUAAAGCCAGAUCCUCACUGUGCUGAAGGAGAAGCCUGAGCUUAUCUAGUCAGGAUUUGGAGCUGGUCUCCAAGGAGGACCCCAGGGCCCUGGCUGUUGCCUUGAGCGGGGACUUAAAGAAAGCAGAGACAGUCCAGCGGGCCUGCAGCAAGGAGCUCGCCUGGAGCUUGUGCAGCGGAUACGUUCCCUCAGGAAUGUCUGGUGAGGGAGAUCCACUGCCUGAGGAACAGCAGAGCCCCAAACGCGCCAGACAAGACCCCAAGUAGCUCCACCAGAAGCACGCUUUGCUGAGGAAGCCCUUGGUUUUGUUAGCAGUGAACAACCUCCCUUCCCACUGUACUGCCUCUGUGCCGCUCUACCUCCUGCCUUCCAGGAUGCUGUUGUAGCAGAGGUGGCCACGCCCUCCAGAAAGGCGGCUCCAGUCCACAAGUGCCCCCCAGCCAAUCAGCUAGCUUGUAG